AUGAAACGAUCAAAUAUCGCUGCUGAGAAGCCAUUCAAAGGUGAAAGCACUGCGAAGAAGACUGGUCCUUUUGCAGAUAUCAAAAAUGAUUUGAUCGCUAUGGCUGGAGAGUUUGUAGGAACUGUUUUGUUCCUCCUCUUCUCCCUUGGUGCCGUUCAAACUGCUUCGACCAACACUUCCGCGACUACCAGUGACAGCUCAGGUGACGCAGCAGGAACUUCACCAACUGGAAGUGACUCCAACAAGCUUUUGACAUAUUACUACGUCUCAGCUGCAUUUGGUUUAUCACUCUUCGCUACUGCAUCAAUCUUUUACCGUUUCACAGGUAGUAUCUUCAACCCAUCUGUAUCUUUGGCAUUAUGCUUGAUCGGUGCUGUCAAACCAGUACGAUUCCUUCUCGUCUCCUUCGCUCAGAUGAUCGGAGCCAUCGUAGCAUCCGCCAUCCUCGAUGGUCUUACCCCAGGAGCAUUGGUAGUCAACGUCGGUCUCGCAAAUGGUACCAGUAAAGCUCAAGGUUUAUUCAUUGAGAUGUUCACCACUGCAACUUUGGUUCUAAGUGUAUUGAUGCUUGCUGCUGAAAAACAUCUUUUAACACCUUUCGCUCCUCUCGGUUUCGGUUUCACCUUAUUCAUCGUCAUGCUCUUCUCAAUCGCCUUUACCGGUGGUGCCGUCAACACUGCCAGAGCCUUCGGUCCAGCUGUUAUUCAAGGAUUCCAACCAUACCACUGGAUCUACUGGGUCGGUCCUACUCUUGGAGCCUUAUUAGCUGUCGCUUUCUACAUGUUCUUGAAGAAAGUCAAAUACUGGCGAAUCACUCCCGGUCAAGAUUCAACUGAUUCUUCUGAAUCACCCGAUGUUGCCGUCGACAACGAUACCAACGGUGGUAGAUCCUCAAACGCUGAAACUGCUGUCUAA